AGACACCCUUCAUCGUGUACAUAAUUUUCAUACACCUCAAGUGAGCGAUAAUACAAAAACAACAAUGGCAGCUUCUUCCUCAUCAAAAGCUUCACAACAAGAAGAUGGAGAAAUCGCCCAAAAAAGACUCUUUCGUCUCACAAUGGCACAAAAUUGGAAAGAAGUUGCCGACAUCUACGAGCUGUCGCCGGGGGCUCGCACAGCGAAGCUCACCAACGCCGAAGAAACCGCCCUCGACGUGGCCAUCUCUAGCUACCGUAAAGACCAUCCCGACACCAUCGACGACACCAACAUCGAGCGAAUGAUCAACCUCAUGAGCGAUGACGAGUUGAGCGGCCACACGACCAUAAAUGGCAACACGGUGCUCCAUCUCGCCGCAACGGUAGGAUGGGGCGACAUGUGCGUGUUGAUAGCUUUGAGAACUCCGCACCUCAUCGAGGUUCGCAAUAACCACAAGGAGACGCCGUUGUUCUUGUCCGUGCAGUACGGCAAUACCGACAUUUUCCUCUACCUCCACAAGAUACACAAAGGAAAGAACGGCGAAGAUCCGAAGAAGUACUACUCGCCGUGCUGGAAGGACGACGGAUGCACCAUUCUACACGCUGCGAUUAAUCAAGAAAACUUCAAAUUGGCGUAUCAAGUUGUGGCGUACUACAAAGACCUGAUUAAUCGUGUCAAUGUCGUCGGAGAAAGCCCUCUCUACCUUCUUGCGUCGAAGCCGAAUGUGUUCAAGAGCAGCUCCCAUCUCGGACUUUUUGACUCUUUCAUCUACAACUGUGUGUUUGUGGAAGAAAUGAAGAAGCUCGAAUGUGUGGACAAAGGGAAAGCUGAUAAUAAGUCCAGUCGAGCAGGCCAUCGAUACCCCGAAAACUACCAAACUUGUGUCGACUUUUUUAAGUUUCUCACAAGGCCAAUCAUCGAGAUUUUCGAAGCAGGUGGAUUUGGAGAGAGAUCGAGCGACGAAGAAAACCCGAUCUAUGGCAAAAGGAACGUUAUAAGACCGGUCUCUACGGGCGCAUCUUUAGAAAAUGAAGACGAAGACGAAGGCGAAGGCGAAGCUCAUUACUAUCCUUUGAACUACACGACUUGCGUUCAGCUUAUCAAGUUCGGAUGCAAGCUCAUUCUAAUUGUUCUUGGAGUCGGGUUCGAAAGGAUACAGAAGAUUCGAGACAAAAAACAUCGACACAUUCAUGCGGUUCGAAUCAUGGAUAGUCUGAUCAAGCACCAAAAUAACUACGAGUACAGCGACGAUGGCCAAAAACCUUUGGAGAAAGAAAAACCUCAGUUCGAAGGACUCGGCGAUAUUCCUUCCUUCCCGCCACCUGACUACGAGGACGAUGGCAAACAACUUUCCGAGGAAGACAAACCUCGGGUCGAAAGACCACCCGAAAGUAAAGAAGUGGCGAAAAUGGUUGGUAAAAAGGACACCCCUGUGUUGAUGGCAGCCAAGAUGGGAGCCAUUGAAAUGGUGAAGAGGAUCCUCGACACAUUCCCGAUAGCCAUUCAAGACCUCGACUCGGACAAGAAGAACGUCUUGCUCUUGGCAGCCGAGUAUCGACACACCCAAGUCUUCAAUUAUUUUCUGAAAUCGAAUUUCCCCGAGUACUUGUUCUUUCAAAUCGACAUCGACGGCAACACUAUCCUCCAUCUUUCCUCCACGCUCGGAGCCGACCUCCAUCCAUGGCGCAUCCCCGGCGACGCCUUGCAAAUGCAAUGGGAGAUCAAGUGGUACAAGUAUGUGAAGAAGAACAUUCCACGGCUAUGUUACGCGCACGUCAAUGGCCAAGGCAAAACGGCGCGGCAAGUCUUCGAGAGCUCUCACUCGAUCCUUAUGGAUAAGGGCGCCAAAUGGCUCACGAAAACCUCCGAAUCGUGCUCCCUCGUUGCGGCGCUUGUAGCCACCGUGGCUUUCGCCACGUCAGCCACCGUCCCUGGCGGCCUUAAUGAGAAUGACGGGAAUCCUCUGAAGCUAACACGCCCGGCGUUCAGUAUCUUCUCCGUAAGCUCCCUCGUGGCGCUAUGCCUAUCUGUGACGGCCCUCGUGUUCUUCCUCGCAAUCAUCACGUCGCGGUGCCAGCAGCGCGAUUUCAAGUCUAACCUGCCGAAGAAGCUCCUGAUGGGACUAACGGCUCUUUUCACGUCGAUCGCGGCAAUGCUGGUGUCGUUCUGCGCCGGACACACGUUUAUUUUGAAGAAGGAGCUGAAACUAGCAGCGGUGCCGAUAUACACGAUCGCGUGCGUGCCGGUGACGCUGUUCGUGCUCGCGCAGCUGCCGCUCUACUUCGAUCUGCUGAGGGGGAACUUCGUCGACGUGCCCCUGCGCAGCUACAAAGCUUACCAUCACUAGGAAGAUCAUCGAAGAUGUUCAAACUUCGAGAGUUGUUCGUUUCUUUGGAUUUGUUGUAAUAAAAGAGACGACAUAUUCGAUGCAUCCUUGUGUUGUUUCUUUUGGAUUAGCCGGUUAUCAUUUGGUGUUUCAAUUGUUCUUCGUCAUCAUCAAUAUGUUCAUUCGCAAUUCGAUUGUCUAACGAACAACCAGUCUGUGCUUUUAAGUUUGUUACUGUUGUGCAUGUUAAUCAUUUUUUUG